CCACCACCACCACCUGGCUACCUUUAGGACGCCGAACGUCACCUCCCGACCAACCACCGUAACGCAGACCACACAUCCCUUGCGAACAUUCACUGGCCUUGUCCAGAAGGAACCGCGCUUCUCUCGAGACUCUCAUCACACUAGACCGACGAACACCAGCGAUAGCUGCGCGCGCCUCUACAAAUACCGACCUGCAGCGCAAGGCUGCGGCCACCUCCCGCAUCGUUCACAAUGCCGACCUACAAGACGAGCCAGGAAUGGCUGGAGCAGUCCUCCCUCCUCCUCCAAGCCCGCCCAGCAACCACCAGAAUCACAACGAAAUACUCGAUUAAACCCGUCAAGCCGCGAAAGUCCAAGACCCUGACGGAGGAUGCUACCACAACCGAAGACGCCCCCAUGACGGACGCCAAACCGCCACGGGGAUCCCUUGUCCUCAAGACCUUCGAUCCGGUCAGCGGCGUCACGCUCAAGUACCGCACCACCAAGGCCGCCGAGGUCUCCCGCCUCAUCACCUGCCUCGGCACCCUGAGCCGCACCAUGUCGACCUCCAAGGCGCCUGUCGAGGUUAAGGACGAGCCGAUGGCGGAUUCUGCUGGCGCCCCCGUGGCUGGAGAAGAUACCCCCGUUGGUGCUUCUGCUGGUGCGCCGACGCCGGCUGGUGCCGGUGGCGGUGGUGGAAAGAAGAAGAAGAAGGGCAAGAAAUGAGAAU